GUGCUGGAGGGGCUCAGGAUGGUGGUGGAGAGCGGCUAGGCGCGUGCGCGCAAGGCUUGCCGACAAGGGGACUAGGCCGCUGUCCAGCGGUUCCAAACAGCCUUGACACCUCCAACCUUCAUUUGACGCGUGGACUAAUAAUAAGGAAUUACCGACGCGAAGCCAAUGACAGGUGGAAUGGAUUCGAUCAAAGGUCGGCAACAGCGUGUAUGCGAGGAGUGCGGCCAAAGUGUUGCGGCGUAGACGAUGAUCCCAUGCCCGUACCUUCAGGUCGGGAAGAUGCCACGAGACAGGAUGCGAGGCGGGUUGUUGAGUGUUUCCGCAAGCGCUGAGGUUGCUCUUUUUAUGACUGGCUCCAAGCUAUGUUUCAUCUCCUACUCCCAAUGUGAAGGGUCCCUAUUCGGGCGGCCUAGUCUAUGCGCUGGUUGGUGUCUGCGUCUACAUUGCCGCCGGCGACUGCUCGACUGACGUUGGCUCGCAUGCGAGUACAGCUCCAACCGCAGCGGAAUCCCUUGAAAUCGAUAGUUUCUCGAGGUAACAACAACUCCUCUAGGGCUUAUUCUGAUGACGGGGACGCUAUGCAGGCUCGAAUACAUCCUUCGACUCUCCAUCCUUGUGCGCACGCGAGGGAAAGCCCUGAGGGUCUACCCCUCCACCUAAUUGAACCUGUCAAUGGCGUUUGGUGCGCAGCUUGGCUGACGUUAGACUAUCCCACUGGCUCAAGAACUACAAGCAACAUGCGAUCGGAGCUAGAGACUCAUACACCCGCCACCAACAUCUUCGUGCCUGGUGCAUCGUGGUCUGCACUGAAGAUGCCGUCCACGCGACCCGGCACUCAUCCUGCACCCAACAACCUUGCCGUUGAUACCUCAAAUUCUGCUCAUCUUAGCACCAUCACCAUCACCAUCACCAUCCUCCGUUCCAAGAACCGCCGCAUCAACCCAUCUUCGGAAAAGUGCCAUCUCAACACGGGUGCCGGCGCUUGUGUUGGCUAUCGACGCCAAUGGAGCUAUCCGCAACUGCAUGAAGCUCUAGUGGGGCCCACAAGAGGAGCGACCAGCAGAGCCCCCCAGGGCCGCUGCAUGAAGACCUAAGUAUAGCAACAUCACCAUUCC